UGUCAGCUGGGAAGGAGCUGCAAACAUGGUGAUCUUCAGUGUGUAUGUUGUGAAUAAAGCUGGUGGCUUAAUCUACCAGUAUGACAACUACGUCCCGAGAAGUGAGGUGGAAAAGACCUUCAGCUAUCCUUUAGACCUGGUGCUGAAACAUCACGACGAAAAAGUCAUCGUUUCGUUUGGACAGCGGGAUGGGGUUAAAGUGGGACACGCAGUGUUGUCCAUCAACGGAGUAGAUGUGAUGGGAAAGAACACGGCGGACGGAAAGGACAUCCUUGAAUAUUUAAAAGAUGCCGCAAAUUACCCCGUGUCGAUCCGUUUUGGCCGGGCUCGCCUGAGCUCCAACGAGAAGCUGAUGCUGGCCUCCAUGUUUCACUCGUUAUUUGCAAUAGGUUCACAGCUGUCUCCUGAAAUUGGCAGUUCGGGAAUCGAAAUGCUGGAGACUGAUGUCUUCAAACUCCACUGCUUUCAGACUCUCACAGGGAUAAAGUUUAUUGUGCUGGCAGACCCUCGACAGUCCGGCAUUGAUGCCUUGUUAAGGAAGAUUUAUGAGAUUUAUUCUGAUUUUGCUCUGAAGAACCCGUUCUACUCUCUGGAAAUGCCAAUCAGGUGUGAACUGUUUGACCAAAAUCUGAAGGGCGCACUUGAGGUCGCAGAGAAAGCUGGCAACUUUGGAGCUGGGUCUUAAAUCAUAGACGCGAGUAUGACUGGAAAGAACUCCGUGCAUUUUGUUCUUGGAUUUGUCUCUUUUUCGUUAUUGCUAGUAAAUCAUUGUAAAUAAAUAAUUUUUUGUAAAUACUUUCA